UUCCGUUAGUACCGUGUUGGUCUUCGCGAGGACAGCGUGUGUGUGUGAGUGUGUGUGCGCCCGUGCCGAUCUCGCGAGUCGACAGAGUCGAGCGGCGAGUCAAGUCAGGCCGGCCCCCGUGGAGCCCGUCGUAGGAAUAGUCAGAGCAUCACGCAGCACACCAUGAUGAUGGAAUCGGCCCAGGACGGCGUUGUCAGCCUCGCAGGAGCGUCGCCGGCUGAAGUGCCGAAUGAUCCAGGGAAAAUGUUCAUCGGUGGCCUCAGCUGGCAAACUAGUCCAGAAAGUCUUCGCGAAUAUUUUAGUAAAUAUGGAGAAAUCACAGAAGUGAUGGUGAUGAAGGACCCCACAACACGGCGAUCAAGGGGGUGGGGGACCAUUAUAUCGGCGAGUCCUCAAAACGCGUCUAGAGUCUUGGCCGCCGGCGCCGACGAGACGAGCGGGGAACGUAUUGACCCCAAAGUAGCAUUCCCCCGGAGAGCACAUCCAAAGAUGGUGACGCGGACGAAGAAAAUUUUCGUGGGCGGCCUCUCGGCGCCCACAACUCUCGAAGACGUCAAAAACUACUUCGAGCAGUUCGGACCGAUUGAAGACGCGAUGCUCAUGUUCGACAAGCAGACCAACAGGCACCGAGGUUUUGGGUUCGUUACGUUCCAGUGCGAGGAUGUCGUGGAUAAAGUUUGCGAGAUCCACUUCCAUGAAAUCAACAAUAAAAUGGUCGAGUGCAAGAAGGCCCAGCCCAAGGAAGUGAUGCUGCCGGCCAACCUGGCGAAGACACGCGCUGCGGGGCGCGGUGCCUAUGAUUUCAUGUGGUCUCUGGGAGCUUUGCCUGAGGGUUUCCCAGCGGCCGCAUACGCCGCCUACGCGGCCGGCAGGGGUUACUCCGGUUAUCCAGGCUUCGGGCUGCCCUAUCCGACAGUGGACCUCACCAAUGGCCAGCUUACACCCAACAACAACACCCCGCUUCUCACGCAGGCUUUAUCAGUGAUGAACAACUACCAGGCGGCGGCGGCCGCAGCUGCGCAAGGGUUCGGGCCACCAACAUCCCCGCACUCAAGCCGAGGGGGUUUUCCCGCAGCUUCUUCGCCCGGGCCGGGCCCAAUGGACCUGUACUCCUCCAGUGACUACGUCCAGGCGGCGUCCCCCCAGCCUCAGGGAGCAUUUCCUGCCAUGGCUGUGAGCCGGGCACCCGGCAUCAACUACAGCCCGGGGCCAUUGAUUCCCGCUGCUUUCACCAAUGGGUACCAUUGAGCAGCGUCACGAAUAGGAGUGGGGACAAAGGCGGUGGAAGCUUUUGGCGUGCGGCGAGGGCAAACAAUAGCAUGAGGAGCUUUGAAGGCAACAUCGCUCAGGGUUCUUACGGUCAUCUCUGAAAAUUCCCUGCAUUAACUCGUCAGCUAGCCCCGCCUGCCAACGCAACCACGACUCUCUUGUGAUUCUUUCUUUUUUUCCCAACCAUUCAAUGGAAUAUUGAAAGUAUAUGUACGUGUGUAAAUAUAUAUGUUAUAUACAUAUAUAGUAAAGUUAACGUAAACUUUGUUACUAAGUCCUUGGUCAUAAGGGGAUUUAAGGAAGAUGUUUAUUAAGCUAUACAGUUGUUUAACUCUACACGUAUCUUUGUGAUUUUUCUUUCCUUUCAUUGGACAAUUAUUAGAGAUUGAAAUUUUCUUUUUUAUUUUGUCUCCAAUUUCUUUUAAUAAAUAUUAGUGGAGAGAUGUUCAUAUCUUCAGGUGAGGUAUUUUUCUCAUAACUUGAUCCCUUUACCGAAAUGUAUACUUUUUACCCUCCGUAUUGCAUGUUAUUGAUGUUAUGUGGCUGCCACUAUAUGGGGCCCCUUUUUCGAUUUGUUCAGUAUCUGCUGUGUGUGUGUUACUGGCAUUUCAGCCAGUUAUGUUUAUAAUUAUCAUCAUUGUAGUUGUACAGAUAUAUUAGUUAUGUAAGUAAAUGAUUGCAGUUAACAUAUACACACCAACACUGCUCUAAGCGCAGUGCGCAAUGAAUGUAUAUCUUUGUGGCGUCAGUGACGUCUCUAUCUACACUUUGCAAUUUAUUGUUGUAAACAUUGUAAAAUGUUAUAAGUGCUGGCAAAUCACAAUGUUAAGAAAUGUUUUGGUUGUCAGUGUUAGAGGCGUGUUUUCUGUCUCUCAGUCCUAGGUCAGUUUCCUCCCCCAACUCCUUGCCUCUUUCGGCGUUUCAUUUGACUUUUUAUUAUUCAAAUUGGCUUGUUAUGAUUUGUUUUUAUCUUUGUGCCAAGAAGCCAUCGCGUGCUAUAUUGUUGGCAUGUAUAGACCCGGAGAACGUUCAGAAAAGGUAGCUUGUCAUGGCAGCUAGGGUCUUUUUUUCGUACUUGUUUUAGUUAGUUUUAAGUUUUAUGACAUAUUUAUGAUGAACUAAAUGUUAUAUUACAGGGUAAACGAAUUAAAAGAUUCCUUACUAAUUAUUUAUGUAUAAACAGUUUACUUGUUAAUCAAUCUCCUAAUGGACCAAACAGAGAAAAACAAAACCAUUAUUAUUUGUCGCCUUAAAAUUCUGCACGGUGUUACUAAAGAAGGAUCUUUCUUUUCGUCACGUAAUCGAUGUUUAUUUGACAAACAUAGGAACAUUGUUCCCUCUCCACGUUUGUUCUCAUUUUACUUUGUUUUAGUUCAAAAUUAUGUAACCCUCAUUUCUUUGAUGUUUCCUGCAUUAAUAGCAAGAUCGGACAAAUAAUGCGAAUUCUUCAAAAAUUUAUAAAACUUUAACUGUACCUACACAUGCCUAUAUUUUCAUUAAUUUACGCAUUUGUAAAUAUUUACUCAUAUUGAUGUUUCGCGCUUGAAUCCCACCUUCCCACGAUUAAGGAUGUGUUAGAUAGUGUCCCAUGCUUAAUUUGCUAGGCUUAGUCUAUGAAUAAUUAGGAUUAGACUUGUAAUCUUGUGAAUCUAUACACUAGAUUAUAUUCACGUUUCCUUGUUAAAUAUGAGACAAUGAGCUACAAAAACGUUAUGAUGCAAUGUGAUUUGCUUGUUUCUAUUACAUAGUUUUGUUCUAGUUUUUUUUAAUGUUUUCUUGAUGUUGCCCAGAAUCAGCUGUAUUGAUUUGUUACUUUACGGUAUUUUCAUGCCUGUAAACAACUUUUUUUUAUCUUAAUUUGACGUUCAGUUUGUAGCAUUAUGCUUUGGCAAACGGAACCCAUGGCGCAUACUUAAAGAAUUAAUUGUGGUAAAACUUUGUCAAUACCAAAUAAUUUUAAUGAUUGGUCCAAAGGUAGGCAUAUUGGUCGGGUGUUUGUGGAGGGACUUGUUCAUCAUAGGUAAGGCAAUGUUUGUUUAGUUCUUUAAAAAACUGUUACACAUGACGUGAAUUUGCUUAGAAAUUUUGGUUCAAGUGCAUCAUUAUUGCUGCAUUGUUUUUCUUAUUUUGUGGCAGCUUCCAUGGAUGCGCCCCAUUUUAAAGACAUCCUGAUCCCAAAAGUACUUUACUUCGGUUGGAAAGAAAUUGUGUCGGCGGACUAAACACGCAAGUCCUAUUUGAAGCCAAAUUAUUGACUAAAGUUACUGUGAAUUGUUGUAAGUCUCACACUCUGCCUGUUGAGUGCUCGCAUUCCCAACCUUUUUACUCUUGCAGACGUCCCCUUUAGUUUUUUUGUUUAAGGGGUCGUCCUGUAAUUGUUGUCCAAUCGAGUGAGUUAUCGUUGCUGUCACGCACCAGUGAUUUCCGUAGCUGUAGAAUAUACUUUAAAGCGUUUUGUACAGUGAUGAUUCUCUGCUCGUUUCGAUCCGGACUUUGAUUCACACUAAUCGUGUGAUAGAAAAGCGAAGUCAUGAACUGACAAUGUGUUCUCUAGUGCGACCACCAGGAUAGACGUAGAGGCGUGUCUAGAUCAGUCGGUAGAUAUUGUAAUUUAAUUUAUUAUUUGUUAUUGUAUUUAUCGAGAGAGACUCCAAUGCGGAUAGGCAGACGAAAUAAGUGGCCUUCCUGUCCGCGUUGGGAGUCGUUUUAUACCUUCCACCUACCAAAAAAGUCAUAGUAGAUUUUAUUUUAGUUUUCUGUUGAGUUUGUUAAGUCCUAAUCACGUUAGCAACGGUAAAAUCUCAUUUUUUGCGCUUAAGCGUGAGAGCGAUUCGUUAUAGUUUAUCGUCUGAUGCGAUUGUUUUAUCUUAUUUACUUGUCGGCGAAUCUGCUGUGGGAAGAACAGUUUCCUUUGCCAGCAUAAUAUGCAAAAUGUUGCGCUUGACGCACUGAUUCUAUUUCCAACCAAUGUUUCUUCCCUCUGGGUUCAUCUCCCGUUUCUAUUAUUCAAAGAAAGACUGUUUUUGAGAAAUUAGGCAGUAACUUGUCAGAAAUAGUAUAGGAGGGAUCUGAAAGUAGAGUUGAGGUGAAGAAGAUUUCAUUGGAACCAAGUGAUAUAGUAUGUAUUUGGGGCAUCCGUGUUUUUCUUGUGUUGUUCUAUGUUUUCUUUAACAUUUUCUCUUUAUUAGCUGUAUAGUCACUAUAAAAAUCUUUGAAAGCAAUACACGUCUAAAUUUUAAUUGCUAAUGCCUACUGUACUCUAAAUAUAUGCUGUAUUUUGAUACCAUAAAUUUCUUUUUUAUUGACUAUUCUAUCGUGCGUGAGUGAGGCAACAAAUAUGUGAGGAUAUAAUUUACAUCCCUUUUGUAAAGGCUUUGAAUCCAUUAGGGUUCUGCCUCAGCUAUGGCCAAGCAUUUCCCACAUCCUAGUUUCGGCUGAACUGCACGAGCCGAUUUCCUUCAGCACCAGUUUUCUUUAUUGAACGUAAAGCGUAACCUUGCUUGCUGUAGAGUCAAACGUGACGAGGAAAGGUUGUAUUGUAAAUAGAUUCAACAUGACUGUGAGUGUGUGAAAGAGAGAGAGAGAGUAAUUGUGUAAGCCAUUAGUACCUAAAAAUUCUAAUUGUGGUCAGUCACCUGAAACACAUUGUGGAAUCUAAGCAAUAAUCACUAUAACGUAAGACUAUGUAAUGUGUAUAAAAGUGUGAGACGACUUUGUUUCGGUUUCCUUUUGAUAUUUUAGUAUUAUCUUACCCUUUCCCGUCGCUUGCCUGGCUUCGAAAAUAUUUCUUUCAAAUAAAGCGACGAUCGCAUUGGCAGAAACACGCCUGGGAUAAAUUUUUGUUUUGAUUCCGUCCCGCGUGAUUUCUAAUGGUUCCAUCAGCAAGUAAAAUCAAUUCUUAAGCACGGUUACUAAUACGCUAAAUGGUUUGGCCUGCUGCAGGACUCGGCUCUUCACCAACGCUUAGCAAACAGAACUGUGUACAUAACCAAAAAUCAUCACAAAUUGACUGUUGCCACACACUCAAGCAAACGUAAGUGGUUUGUCCCCCACAAGGGGCAUGUCUUCCUCUGUAGGCAUGCAGUAACACAAGACAAAAAUUUUAGAAAAUAACAAAAAAACUCGUGAAAUCUUUGUGUUGACUAUGAAUUAUCUUGUUUAUCUAAACUGUGUUUGUUAUUGUGGUUCAUAUAAUGUUUACAAUAUUACGAUAAUUGUGUAUAGGGAAUAAUCAUUAUACUGUAUAUGUUAGAAAGCGCGCGUGGCGUGCCUACAGCUGUGAAUGCGAGUUGAUUGCUUUAAGGAUGAGUUGUUUUGCCGUUGAUAUUUGGAUGUGUUGGGCGCUUCUUGUGCACUCUCAUUGUCUUGUUCGAGAUUACUUUAAGUUUUCUUUCGUUCUGUGUAGAAAUGCCCUUUAAUUAUCCGUGUUCUCCGACGAAAUUCAUACCUUUAAGUCACUCACAUUUGUGCUUUUUCGUGAAUUUUGACUUACAGAAUGAAAGUUUCUCAUAAGAUUUUACAAUUUUGUUGGUGAUCAUGUUGGAUUAUAAGUGUCUUUGCUGUUUUCAAAAUAAAAGUUAACUUUGCCGAGUCAUUUACUUGUUUUUUAAUGUUGGAUGCAGCGCUCAGGACUGUGUUCCUUGUAUCAGCAAGUCUAAGAAAACACAGAAUAUCAAUUGUCAUUUUAAACUAUCGUAUAUGAUACGUUAUUGUGAUCGUAGUUGCAGAUAUCUACUCAAGUACAAGAACAUCGCUCUUCGUGGCGUAGUAAGAAUAUUUAAAUAAUUAAGAAAAGUAUCGCGAGCAAAUAAUCGAGAGGCAGCUUGCUUCUCGAGAUUCAAGGACGCGAACGACAUUUGAUGUUGACUGUGUACGCUUGGAACUGUUAAGUUCGUUACAGUAUUUUUAAAACGUUUCAAUGGGUGUUCAGCGAAACACACCCGUAUUAUACAAAGGAGAUUGUUCACAGAGAUCACAUUUUAAUCUCAUGUAAAAAUCCUGUAUGCAGAAUAAUAAGGUCAUUUCGAGCCUUUAAACGUCAGAAGAGUACUUUAAACAUCUUUCCGGACCCAGCACGAGAAAACGAUUGUACCUUUCAAAACUAUUGUGUUACUUAACAAUAAACAACCAACGUGUGCUGUUUUUAUUUUAUACUAUUGUCUUAACACCAUUUUAUGUAUGAUAGGCCUACUGUUUGUAUUGCGUAUGUAUGUGACACUCCGAUUGAAGAACUCACAUCGGGUUUGUGGUGAUCGCAUUUUAGGAAAUGGCAAGAUAAGCUCACUGUGAUGGUGCCUCGAGAAAUCAACCCACGAGAAUGGUCAGAUGCCAAUUCACAAACUUUAAGUACAGAGUAUCGAUACUACAUUGAUCUAUAAUUCUAUCCUAUUCACUAUUUAUACCAGUCAUUCGUUGUCACGAAACUUGUUUACUGAUUGAAUUGGUGUCACUGAUUAACAUUGUCUUGGGGUGAACGACUCCGGACCAUCCUCGUAGUGCUCACUCUCAGUCCCACUAAGUAUUUUUCUGUCUUCGAUGAGUUCUAUUCUCUUAGAUUCUUGAGGCCAUUUUUGAAUACUUCAAGUACAAUAAGAACUGCCUGUCCCAGGGGCUUGGCCGGUCAGUUCGUAGUUUUCUUUCUUGUAAAGCGGCCAGAAUACACCCUUUCUGGGGACUUCUUCGACUUUUAUUUUCGUGGAGAUUUUAAACCGGGUACAUCUUAAUGGUUUCACGUUACGAAUGGGCCUGAAAGGGGUUUCAUUCGACCACUAUGCAAGAGAUUUCGUCAAUUAAAAGGGCAGGCUCACUGGUUUUGGGAUCCACCGACCCUAGCUCCUGGAACUUAUACAGUACAGUUGAGUCAAUUCCUAUCGUUUAUGUGCUUCAUUAUAUCGCAUAACUCUUUACUCCAGAUUGAGAAAGUAUUCCGCAAAGAUUCUGAUAUUUUUAAUUCAAAACAUUUGCCCAGUAACUGACUUUCUUCAAGGCAUUGCAUUAUAUAUUACGUUAUAAGAAAAUGAGUCGGUUCAAUUAAAUUUUGAUUCGAUUUCUGCAUAUUAUACCAGCUUACAUGGCUUCUCCUUUUCUUCACCUUUUAUGGCCCUAAUAGAUCUUCCAGUCAUCCGUUCCUCUCUCAUAGUAUGUAAUACUAUGUUCGAAGAACAGGUCUGAUAAAUUAAAUCCUGUGUAAUUUUUAAAAAGCAGGCCUUUUUGUGCCGCGAUCAAUUUGAUGUUAAAUUCAAUCUAGAUAAUUUCUACUUCUGUGCAACUGUCGUGAUUGCUAAUUUACUGAGUGAACUCUUUCAUGAUACCAUUAUCAUUACCUUAUUAUAAAACUAUGUUUACCAUAAUUGUAAAAAAUUAUUAUUAUUAUUGUUGAUGUUGAUAAUAAUAAUAAUAAUCUUAUGUGGUUGACUUCGGUCUACUUCUGUACAUAUAUGUGACGAGCUGCUCUACCAAAGGAGCUGCUAUGUGUAACAAUAUUGAUAACAAUAAAAAAUCACUACGGACAAAGUUCAAAAGAAUAAA